ACCCGCCUCCCCGAGAUCCCCAGCCGACUUCAGCUGCGAAACGGAAAGCAACCCGGCUCGCGGCGCAGGCGCAGUAGCGGUCAGGGCCCGCUCCGAGAGCAGAAGGCAAGCUGCUUUGGAGACAGAAUGGUGCUGGAGAGCGUGGCCCGCAUCGUCAAGGUGCAGCUCCCCGCCUACCUCAAGCGACUCCCAGUCCCGGAGAGCAUUACCGGGUUCGCCCGGCUCACAGUUGCAGAAUGGCUUCGUUUAUUACCAUUCCUGGGUGUACUUGCACUGCUAGGCUACCUUGCAGUUCGUCCAUUCCUCCCCAAGAAGAAACAACAGAAAGAUAGCCUGAUUAAUCUCAAGAUUCAGAAAGAAAAUCCAAAAGUAGUGAAUGAAAUAAACAUUGAAGAUUUGUGUCUUACUAAAGCUGCUUACUGCAGGUGUUGGCGUUCUAAGACGUUUCCUGCCUGUGAUGGGUCACAUAAUAAACACAAUGAAUUAACAGGAGAUAAUGUGGGUCCACUAAUAUUGAAGAAGAAAGAAGUAUAGGAGUGUUGGACUAAUUACUUUAAUUUCUGUGGUAUAAAGUCAUGUUACAUUGUAUUUUUCAAUUAUUUGUGUCUAUAAGUGCCUUUGAAUGGCAUAGAUGGUAUCCUUAGUAGUCUUAAUUAAUAUUGUUGAUUUGAUCAUUAUUUCUGCCAUUUAGUUUUCUUACUACACUACUGUUUUGUAUUUGAUACUUUGUAUAUUCAGAAGAAUCGUAUUUAUGUAGAACUAAAAACUGAACAAGCCUUUGUGUUAUGAAAUAAUAGGUUCCUUUGUGUGUCAGCAAUAAAAUCAUACUCCUGAUCUUGAUUUUUAACUGUGAGAUUGUUAGUCCAAGAUUUCUGUAAUACUCCUAAAACUAAUAGUGUUUUCAAUAUCUACAUAACUCCUUUUAUUUUCUGCAGUGUAAAAAUACAUAUUUUUCAAACACUUCUGUACCUUAAAAUUAUUUUUCUUCAGCAUUGUUUUCUUUAUGGGAAUAAGAAAAUAUGUUGUAGCCCAACAUUGGUAUCAAUUCAAUGCUCACAUGACAGCAAUGUGUUAGGUAACUGGGAUAAAGAUAGGUUCUUUGCUUUAAGAAGAUUCUGGUGCAAUAUGAAUCCCAAUUGGAGAAAACUAGAUGAACAGGAUUUUUAAAAAUCCAGAUAACUUAAGGGGUGGUUAUUUGCAUUACAACAAGGAUUCUUUGGUUUACAAAAGGAUUCCUCUAAAGGAGGAAUCUUUAAAUAAAAAUUUGCCUGACAAUCAUGAACUACUGAAGCUAGGUUAUGAGGCAGGGUAGCAUUGUUAAGACCUACUGCUGUCUUGACAAGGAUCAGAGAGGAACAUUUGAGGUUUUCUUUGUCUGGAACUUUGAUUUUGUGGAUAAAAAUAAAAAAUCUAAAAUUAUAAUGUAAGACCGUGGAAAAAUGAUUCCAUUCUGAAUAAGUUAAUAAAGACAAGAAAGUUUUUCAAAUAAAUAUUUUGUUAGGAAAAUUACAAAAAGGAACUAUAAUUUUAUUAACUAUAGGUUGUUUUGUUUCUAUGUACUUUGGGUUAUUUCUCAUUUUAAAAGAGUAUCUGGCAAUAAAUGGUGUUCAGUACA